UCCGUGCUCGGUUCCCGGUACGCGGUGCUUGGUUGGUGGCGCUGGGUUCCCGGUGCUCGGUGCUCGGUGCUCGGCCGGACUGGCGGCAGGCCGCUCCCUUGCUCUGCCCGCUGCGUCCCUCCCCUCAGCGUGGCCAGAAGCGCCGCUUUCCGUAAAUAAGUGCGUGUGCUGGAUCAGCGGAGACUUCGGACGUGAAGGAUUUGUGAACUUGAAGGUGAAAAUGGCUGCAGAGGAGAGGUGGAAACAGCAAAAGGAGGCUGAGCAUGGAGGGGAGAGGGAGCCGUGUGUGCUCCUGGGCCGGCAGCUGGGUGAAGCCGGGAGAUUCGCCUACGCGGCGCUUUGUGGGAUUUCCCUCGCCUGGCUGUUCCCUGAAAACGAGCAAAGCUCCUUCAGAACAGAAUUCAUCCAGGGCUUUGUGAAGUGGCUGAACCUGCCUGAUGCUGUCUUACCUGCAAUGACAGCCUUUGCUGGUGGCUUAGGAGGUGAGGGCACAGAAACUUUCACUGAAAUUUUGCUGAAGGAUCCCAUCUUGAAAGAAAAUCCACUUCUUAUUACCCAGGACCUUUUAUCCUUCUCUCUUCAAGAUGGAUCCUAUGAUGCUCGAGCCAGGGUGUUGAUCUGCCGUGUCAGCUGGCUGCUGAGAAUUCCCUUGGAAGAUCUGGAAGUCCUGGAGGAAUCUCUGCUUGAGAGCCUGAAGGAACAAAAAGAGGAAGAGUCAGAAACUGCAGAAGUCUCAAGAAAAAAGAAGGAAAGAAGGAGAAAGCUGAAGAGAUACCUGCUGAUCGGUCUGGCGACUGUUGGGGGUGGAACAGUGAUUGGUCUGACAGGAGGCCUGGCUGCCCCUCUGGUGGCUGCAGGAGCUGCCACGAUCAUCGGGAGUGCUGGAGCAGCUGCUUUAGGAUCAACUGCUGGCAUUGCUGUCAUGGCAUCCCUGUUUGGAGCAGCAGGAGCUGGUCUUACUGGAUACAAAAUGAAGAAACGUGUGGGAGCCAUAGAAGAGUUUGAAUUCCUCCCACUUACUGAAGGGAGGCAGCUCCACAUCACCAUAGCAAUCACUGGAUGGCUGUGCACUGGCAAAUAUGGCAGCUUCACAGCCCCGUGGAGCAGCAUGUUGCACUCGAGUGAGCAGUACUGCCUGGCCUGGGAAUCCAAGUACCUGAUGGAGCUUGGCAACGCCUUGGAUUCCCUUCUGAAUGGUUUUGUGAACAUGAUGGCACAAGAAGCCCUAAAAUUCACUGUCUUGUCAGGGAUUGUGACAGCCUUGACUUGGCCAGCAUCACUCCUGACUGUUGCCAGUGUCAUUGACAACCCCUGGGGAGUGUGUCUGCAUCGCUCUGCCGAGGUGGGCAAACACCUUGCUCACAUCCUGCUCAGCAGACAGCAGGGCCAGAGACCUGUCACACUGAUUGGCUUCAGCCUGGGUGCCAGGGUCAUUUACUUCUGCCUGCAGGAGAUGGCUCAGGAAAAAGAUUCACAAGGCAUCAUUGAAGAUGUUGUCUUACUGGGAGCUCCAGUGGAAGGAGAAGCCAAGCACUGGAAAGCUCUCACCAGAGUGGUGUCAGGCAGGAUCAUAAAUGGCUUCUGCAGGGGGGACUGGCUGCUGAGCUUUGUUUACAGAACCUCCUCUGUCCAGCUCAACGUGGCAGGCCUCCAGCCAGUCGACCUGGAUGACAGGAGGAUGGUGAACGUGGACCUUUCCUCUGUGGUAAACGGCCACCUGGACUACAUGAAGCAGAUGGACACCAUCCUAAAAGCUGUGGGCAUUAAAACCAAGGAAUUCCAGCCCAUGGAGAAGGGCAGUGGCAGUCGUUUUUCCCCUCAAGCCAAGAAAUCCCAGCGGGCAGCUGGCAGCAAGGCUCAGGGAGAGGAAAACACCAGGAAAGAGGAGGAUGAGGCUGGGAGUGAGGCUCUCCCAGCCAGCUGCACUCACAGACAGAAUUGCUCCAGCUCUGCCCUGGGAGAAGCCUCACCUCCCUGCCCAGACGGCUCACACAGCACGGACAGCGAGGAGCAGGCAGCGGGGAAAGGAGCAAACCAGAGCAGAGCAGCACAAAAACCACUGUCAGCACAUCCGUGGCACUGAGAUUCCCAGAGGAUGGAGCUGGUGGAGCUGCAUUUCCAGCCCCUCCAGAGGAGAGUGUGGCACUGGAUCAAAGCCACCCACGGCACCUCCCCGGGGCGAGAGAGGGCUGAUUCCUGCCGGAGUCUGCGCUGCUCCUCAGGAAUCCUCGACAGAUCCCAUCCAAAUCCCUGCAGGAAGCAGCUGCACCCCUCGGCACCGUGUUCUGCAGGUGGCUCUGAGGUGAUUUUAGGCAUUUCACAGAGGGGUUGGUUGCUAGAAAACAUUUUUCCACUGGAGAUGAGUUUGGUUUGAGGAUCUCAGGUGUGUUCCAAGCUCUGCCUGCCCCACUCUGGAUGGAUCCACAUCUGCUCUCCGGCUCUGCUGACCAGGAGGGGAAAGGCUGCCAGGCUUCCUUCCCCUGCCUGCUGCAGGUUUGCUGCCAGGGCUCAGGCGCUUUCUCAUCUCCAAGAUUAUUUCUCUGUCUCCAGGCUGUGGUGUUGGAGGCCCUUUUCCUGUUAGAAACAUGUUUGGGAUCCUGGGUGAAAGCAGCAGGAAAACCGAGGAGGUUUUGGAUGGUUUAUGAAAAUUCCUCUCAGGCUCUCCAAGCCAACAACCCACUGAGACUUGGCUUUUGUGUCCCAAGACUUCUCCAGCCUUAAAAGCCCCAUCCAGACAUCAUUUUAAUUGGCUUAGAACUAAACCAGUGCUUGGCACAGGAUGAACAUGGAUCUGUUUGAUUUCUACCUCCUUCCAGAAAAGUUCAUUUGCUCCACUGUCUUCAUCCCCAGUCUCAGAGUAGAGGGAAGGAUCCAGCUCUACAUCCCCUGCCAGUACAGCUCCAGAACCUUGUGGGAAUGAUCAAUAUCUUCCAUAAAAGCCCCUUUUCUGGCCUGUUUUGCUGCUGAGCCCAGGCAAGUGCAUCUGGCAGGAGUGUGGCAGGUGGGUAACCCUCCUCUGGGGCACUUUUGGGGUUUUAUGCUUUGCCACAAGGGAGGGUUCAAACUCUCCCACCCCCAUCUGGGGGAUCCUGUUGACUCAUGAGAGGGGAAAUACUGGGAUUGCACCUUCCAGUUUGGGUUCACACAGGGUUCUCCUCCUCCUCCUCCCCACUGACCCAGCAGCCACGUUAAUCCCCCCUCUCCUUCCAUUCCCAGCAAACCUUACCUGCAGAUCACUCCCCAUGGAGUCAGGCAGGGGUUGGGGGUGAUGCUGUGACUCAGCAGAGCACCAUGGUUUGGUUACAGUGUCCUCUCCCCAAAUCCAUCAUCCCAGGGGGCUCAGACCUGCCCAGCUCUGAGCUGGUGCCUCGCUGCAGAGACCAGAGGGACUGGCUGUGGGAUCCCACAGGGAUGGGGCUGUUUUUCCUGCUGCUGUUGGUGCCACUGGCUGCAGAGGUGGGAUGAGAUUCUCUGCUCAUCUCAGGGUUUGUCCACAAUUACACAGAACUGCCUGAGACAGUAAGGAAUUAUUGCUUUUGAACGUUUGGCUUGAAGAGGCGACUCUCCCUCUCUCUCUGUCCAUCUCCAGAGGUUGAUUUGGUACCUAACAAACUCCACAGUGCCUUUUUCUACUCCUUUUCAACCCAGGUUGUAGUCCAAGCUUGUAUUUAUAUAAAACCACUGUGGGAAGAUGCACAUCCUGAUCUGGGUGCUCAACACCAGCCCCAGGCUCCAAGUGCAUGGAGCAGUUGGAGGUUUGAGUCCUCAGUCACUCAUCCCUGGCUCCCAAGGGAUUUGUGGCAGAGAAAUGCUGGGUUGGUCAUACAAAUUCCAGUUCUGGAACAUCCAUGGGCAGCGUGGAAAGGAAACUGGAAGUGUUUCAGUUGAAGGUGUGUGGCUGCUUCUUCCAGCAUCCCGUAUCCAGGGGAUGCUCUGUGUCUGUUUGGAUGUCAGGGAGCUCCAGGAGAACAGUCUUGGAAUUAGGCAGAAGGCUUGGAGUGAAGGGUUCAGGGAGGGCACAGCAGCCAACUGCCAGCCCAAAGGCACUUGAGGAAGAAUUUACUAAAAUAAUUUGUUUUAUUGAUUUUUUUAAAUGCUCACUUGUCACAUUUACUCAGCGUUCCCUCUGCUUAUGGCUCUGGGGAGGGGGCUGGCAUUGUCAUUUAAAAUAUUCCUUCAGAUUCUUAUUUGAAGGGAGGAAAAAAAGUGUAUUUUCUAAUUGCAUCAUCGAGGCCGUGAGGAAUUGUCAGAGGAAAGUGAGGUGGUCCUGUGCCAGGAGUGGGAUGGAGCCUGUGGGAGGAGCUGAUCCCGUUACAACUGCCAGACACCCACAGAGUCACUGUGAGUGUCACCCCACACCCCCAGUGAACACCCAAAAAUCAGUGUUGGACACUGUGCACCAGACUGAGCCCCCGCAGCGCAGCUCUGCGUGACGAGACACGGCGCUGUGCGACAGGAACCCGAGACAGCCACGACUCCAGGGGUGAGAUCCAGCUCCAGGAGGACGUGGUGUAGCCCCAAAGCUCAGUGUUCCUGCUGGAGCAGCCCCAGACCUCUUGUCCAUGAGGAUGUUUUUCCACCGCUUCCCUCGGUGCACUCAGAGAAGAUCUGCUGAGCUCUGUGCGUGCAAAACCAAGCCUUGGUUUGAGGUUAGGGCACCACAGAGUCUGGAAUCUGAGGUUCAGGCUCGCCAGAGGUGGAAAGGCCACAGGAAGGGUUCAGGAAUGGUGGUGGUGAGCACAGGAGGGAUGAAAAAGAGAGAGACAAGGCAGGUUAAUUCAGCAGCAACACCUGGCUUGGCAUGGUUUGAUCCUCCUUGUGACAGUGCCCGGGGCCACCGUCCUCUCCCCGAGCUGCACCGCCUGCUGGAACAGGGAAUCUGGGAGAUGGCUCCCAAAUCAGCUCCAGAGGGUUUGUGUUGGGCUGCUGGGGGAUCCUUCCCAGCACACCGAGCUGUGUGUGCCGCGCUCAGGCCACGGGGGUGCCGAGCUGCAGCUCCGCGUCCGCCGGCUCCGCAUCCCAAAGGCCGAUGGAGCGAGCUCCAUGGCCCGGCCCGGCCGGGAGCAGCCUGGGCUCGCUCCCCACUGCCCCAGAGUCCACAGAGUCGGUGUCAGCCUGCAGGGUGAGCACGUUCUUGAGGGACGUGGCAGCGCGGGGGCCGCUGUUGGAGUUCCUCAUGGACAGGGAGAUGGCGCUGGGCCGGGGCUCCGCCGAGCGCCGGCAGCAGGGCAGGAAUUUGCCCAUGGCUCUCUUGAAGUCCCUCAUGAAGAGUGGGUAGAUGAUGGGGUUCAUGGUGCUGUUGCAGUAACCCAGCCAGGUGAGCACAUCGAAGAAUCCAGCCGGGACACAGCCACAAACUGCCUGGAUGGGCACAGCAGGGAUUAGCAGCCUCAGCCCCAGCACAGAGGGGUUUCCCCAGCACAACAACAUCCCCCUUUCAAAGGAAACAUUAAAAUCCCAUUUGAAGGGUUUUUUCCUUGCUGUUGUUCCCUGGGGAAUUGCAUCCUUGGUCUCAGAGGUCCAGCGAGACCUUCUGGUGCCUCCAAUUGAACCCAGCUGCAUUCCAAAGCAAAAACUUCUGGAAACCCGACAUAAUUCCCGCCCAGGCUCUUACCUGUGCCACGUUGGUGACGAAGAAGGGCAGCCAGGCCACGAAGAACAUGCCCAGGAGGAUGCCCAGGGUCAGGCUGGCCUUCAGAGCCUUCUUGCUGUGCUUGUUGCUGAACCUCCUGCUCUCGCUGCCGGUCAGGGGCUGGCUCGGGGCGCGUGGGACCUGCGGCCGGAGACAGGGAGAGGUGGGCAACUCCCCCCACCACCAACCUCUGCCCAAGAAAAGUGACAUUUGGGGCUCCAGAUCCUGCAAAAAACCCUGCCAGUGAUUCCAUUCUCCGAGGGGCGGCAGCUGGACACACACCGCAAGCCCCAAAACACAAAUUAGGAAGGGGAAGCAAUAGAAAGCCUCAACACUGAUUUUAUUUCCUGUAAAAGAGGGUGUUUGUCAUUAGGCUGCUCUUUAGAGAAAAACCCAGCUCAGUCCAUGCCUUAAACAGGCAGCUCCAGCUGCUGAUUACAGCAAAAAAACUAAUCAUGGUUUUAAAAGCAGGACAUGAAGUAUUUCAGCCUCCAAACAGCACAACCCAGCCCUCCAUCCCCUCCUGCAAUCUAAAAUUAAGUGAUUAUUUCAGCCCUCCCCUGUAAUUAAAUGAUGCCCUGUUUCAACUCAGCUUCUGGCCCGAAAACAAAUGAGAACAAAAACCUCUAAAAUGAGAUGAAGGUGAAAAAGGUUAAAAAAUGAAAUUUGAGGGUUCCCUGGCUGACUCCUUGUUCCUCAGCCAAUUUGGGGCUUCAGGGAACCUUUUGGGCCUCAGCUGAAUGACAGGGGGGAUGGAUGCUGCUCUUCCAUGGCACAGCAAAGCCCUGAGCAUCCCCUGACUCUGUGGAAUCCAAAAACCUGGCAUCCUGUGAGAAAAUAAACACUUUAUGAUA